AAGAAGCUUGCCACCCUGUGUGCCCCCGGGUCGUUCUUGAUGGUGAGAGCGACACGUGGUGCCGAAACCCGGGAACGCUUACGUGGCGGGAGGACACACGGGAGCUAGGCAACGAUAAGGAUGCACCAACUCCAAUCUGGGUGCCAGAGAGGCUCACGAGGAUGGUGGUCAUGGAGCCUGUGGACCCUGUGGAUGACGAUGAUGAUAAAUCUACAUCCCAACACCAAGACAACGGCGGAGCCAGUUCAGCUGUGGGCUCUCGUGAAAGCGUGGCCGUUCCCACUGCCCCUGACAAAUGAAUCAGAUAUUCUACAAGUGGACUCGAACAAUUUGCCGGUGUUGCUUCGCCACAAACGAGACUUUGGGAUCACCGCAGCCGUAAUUGCAGCCAUUGCAGCGUCUACGGCCGCCGCAGCAAUGGCGCUAACAACAUCAGUACAAACUGCUGCAACUCUCAACAACGUCACAGGACUGGUGGCCGAGGCUCUCGCAACACAAGACCAAAUCAAUGGACAUUUACAUGCAGGGAUUCUCAUUGUAAAUCAGAGAGUAGAUCUAGUACAAGAACAGGUUGAUAUCCUGGGGUCAUUAUUGGCUAUUGGAUGCAUAAGGAACAUGCCAGGACUCUGUGUUACCCCAGUAACUUAUGGUACCUGGAAUCUCAAGUUCCAGAAUUUAACCCGACAGUUGAGAGCCCAAAUUGUCACCCUAAAUGCCACUAAGGGGCCCAUUGCCUCAGUCCAAGAUUGGCUUAACAUGCUGCAGCAAUCAGUCUCGUUCCUCAAACAAUGGGCCGGCCUGGGAGCCUUGGCCAUCCUGCUAGUGAUAGCCAAUGUAUUUAUGAUACGCUGGUUUUGUAGCCUCGGUCGUCGACAACGUCGACAGCAACAACUCAUGGCCCAGGCCAUGAUGGCUCUCGAGGCUGGUACCUCCCCCCAAGUAUGGCUAGGCAUGCUAGACCGGUAGUCAAAGACGGGUAAGACUGAUCCCACACCAUAGCAACCUAAGACAGGGGCCCCUCGACCAGGAGGAGUACCCGAUGACGGGUAAGCAUGGGUAGUGAGGAUCGGCAACCUAAGACAGGCACGGUCUCAGCCAUCACAUAUAAAUAAAAUAAAAAAGGGGGAGCUGUCGGGAGCCACGC